CACUACUAGCCCACGCCCCACGGCCACCCGCACGGCCGCAUCACCAAAUUCCAAGCCCCUGUCCUCCGAACUCGCUGAGUCGCUGGACACGGCCGCUCUCGGGCCCGUCAACGGCCGGCCGCUGCCGAUCCUCCGCGUGCACUGCACCGUCUCUGCGGAAGCGCGAGCGGGGUCCACUCGCCCCACAUCGUCCAGCUGCUUGCUAAGGCACCAUCGCCACGCCGGCGCUGUGCCUCGUGCCGUCGUGCGCAGGCGCGUACAACUACAAACCCCGUCGCUGUUGCGCGCCGCGCGCGGAUGCCGCAGUACGUGGCUCGCUGAGGCAGUGUGAGCUUGCCAAGGGGCCGACGGGGAAAUCUUGGAUCCAGGCUGGUGGACGACGUGACGGUAUCCAUAGAGAUUGGAUCCAUGGGCUCGUCCUUCCAAAACGAUCCCGUCUCCACGUCAGCUGAAACGAUUCCGGGUGCAAUCCGACGGAAACGAACAAGGCCUAACUCGGCUCUCGCCAAUAAAUUUCCUAGCAAACGUCAAGCGGUUUCGGCAUACUUGGAUGUGGAUUACUUGCCCAUCAAAAUUUCUGAGAGGACGUGGGUUGCUUUUUCAGUUAGGAGCCAUUCCUUGGCCGCAAUGAGUGAAUUGGGCACAGCAUUUGAACAAAAGGAGCAAUCUGUUAUUGGUAAUGGAAGUUCGGAGUGUGCUGAUGGCAGUAGAAGCAGCACCAACAAGUGGACCAAAAUUACGAGCACAAACUCGUGGAGAUGGUGCUUAGGGUUGAUUUACAUUGUUGCUGUUGCUAGUAUAUGGAUUGCCGCUAGCUACAUCGUGCAGUCUGUUGUGGAUGCUGGUGUCUCUCCAUUCUUGAUCACCUAUAUAUGCAAUUCUCUGUUUGUUGUCUACAUUCCCAUAGUUGAGGCUGCUCGGUACUUUGAGGAUUCUUUUGGCGACUUUUGGAUAAAGUUGAAAUUCAAGGAUGCUGAAAGCCUGCAGCAGGCUUCUGAUCUGGAGAGUGUCAAUCUUCUUCAAUGUGGGAGGCAUGAGAUUAAUAUUGCCUCGGAUCAAUCACAAACAAGGCUGUCUGAAGACACUUCAGUUCCAGAUACAGGCUUCCCUGCCCACACGGAGCUAAGUGUUGUAGGUUGCAGCAAAGGGUUGGAUGCAAAGGGGCGCUGGACACGUGCUCGUGUGGCCAAAGUGAGCAUGCUAAUCAGCCCCUUUUGGUUCCUCGCGCAGCUUACAUUCAAUCUGUCUCUAAGAUACACCACUGUUACCUCAAACACCAUCUUAAGUAGCACGUCUAGCCUCUUCACUUUCUUGGUCGCAUUAGUUUUUCUUGGAGAGACAUUCACAUGGUUGAAGCUAAUUAGUGUGCUUCUCUGCAUGGGAGGUACAAUAAUUGUCAGCCUGGCUGAUUCAAGUAGUUCAGUUAAUGCCAUUGCUACAAAUCCUCGUCUCGGAGAUUUCCUAUCCAUUGUUUCUGCCGGUUUAUAUGCUGUGUAUAUCACCUUGAUUCGAAAAAAGUUGCCCGAUGAGAAAGGUCAAGGACAAGUGAGCAUGGCUCAGUUUCUGGGAUUCCUGGGACUCUUUAAUAUGUUGUUUUUCCUUCCUGUUGCAUUGGUAUUGAAUUUCGCCAAGCUGGAGCAAUUCCACAGUCUCACGUGGGAACAAGUUGGUCUUGUUGUUGGAAAAGGUUUGAUAGACAAUGUUUUGAGUGACUACUUGUGGGCAAAAGCAAUCCUUCUCACAACAACUACGGUCGCUACAGCUGGCCUCACAAUCCAAGUUCCCAUUGCUGCCAUUGUGGACACGCUCACCGGUCAUGCUCCUCAUCUACUGGACUAUAUUGGAGCUGCUGCCGUCUUAGCUGGUUUUGCUGGGAUCAACAUACCAGUUGGAGAGUCUCUGCAGGUUGUUCAGCAAGAGCAGGAAACUCCAAUUGUUAGCAUGGUUGAUGACCCGGUUCAUUUGCCCACCAGUACCAAUGCUACUGAUUCCAUCUCAUAGUUGCCUGGGACCAUGUGAACUAUCAGCACUAUAUACAGACGUGUGUGUGUGUGUUGGGGGGGGGGGGGGGGGGGGGGGGGGUUGAGACGAGCAUUUAUCUGCUUUUCCCUUCAAACCAAGCCAUCAGGACAGAAGAGAUGAAACAUGGACUGAAGUUAGAGUAGCUUACUUAGCUUUUUCAGAACUUUGAGCAACAAGUGUUUUGGGAUCUGCAUUUAUUUUAUCUUUACAUCUGCACAAGCAGUUUCAUACGGAAGUAAGUUCUGUUUCUGAUUCAUGCAAGGUGUUGCGUUUGUAGAAGGGUAUAAGUAUAAAGAAUUUGUAUUAUGUAUAUGGUGAAGCUCAACCAAUGGUAGUUGAGCCUAUAUUUAAGGUGUGUUUGGUUUCUAGUGACUAA